CACAGAAUUGUUGUUGCAUAUUGAUUUUUCUGGGUAUAUCGGUUAUCUAUAAUUGUCAAUUGACCGAAACUAACAUGUAACUAUUGUAUAUCGAUCCGAAUAAUAUUGGCGCAAAACUGUUCUAAUGCCGCAUGUUUUGCCUAUCGUAACUAUGACUACAACUUAGAGUUAGGAAGAAGAAGAGGCAAAAUGAAUGAUAAAGACGACAGUGCUUGGGUAUUCGAUUCCUUAAUUGGAUUUUUGCAAGGCCCCAUUUGGUCCUCACCUCUGCUGACUUUCAUUGAGGAGAGAUCCAUCGUUUUUGAGGCAAAUACCGAAGAUUGCGAAGAAUAUCGAAAAAUAUAUCAAGAAUAUAAAAACUUGGUUGACUUGCUGCUAGGAUGCUUCAUGGAGGAUAUGGGUAUCACACCGGAACAAUUCGAACAUGCGUGCAACGUUAACAAAAAUACAAAGAUUCCUAUACAAUUUCAACAAAAUCUGUUCGAACAAAUAUGGGCGGCUAACGAGUACGAGAUAUUCAAAAGAAUGAUGAUACAGAAGAACUUGGAACUCCAGCUACAGGCGUUAAAUAUGAUCGAACAAAAGUUCGGUCUCACUCCUGCUUCUCUCAUGUACGAAGACGGCUUUAUUGACGAUGAAUUGGUCAUGGAAGACUUGAUAAACAAGCACGCAUUGGAAGAUGAGAGCGAGGAAGAAGCAAAUAUAGCUCCCGACAAGACUCUGAUUGCUGAACAUGAGCGCUUAGCUGCCGAAUAUCAGAAUGAAAGGGCAUUGUUGAAAGAAGCGCUAAGAAAUUCGAAGGACGCGUCUCAAAAUACAUCGGAUGAUGAAUCAACGGAAGAGGUUGGAUAUACCUCCGUUUCCGUUGAGAAAGAACCGUCAGUUAAAUUUCAUCUCAGAAAGACGGAACCACUCAAACCAAUACCGACUUCAACAAAAGAUAAUGAUGAAAAUGAGAUGAGCGAAGAGGAUAUUAAAAAGAGACAAGAAUAUCUGAAAGCCAGACGAGAUAAACUUGUGGCUCUGAAAAAAGAAGCUAGAAAUCAACAAUUAGAAAAAAACAAAACUCGACCGAGUUCCGCCAGAGUAGUUGCCGAAGCAACCAUGAGAGGAAAACAAGAAUUGGAAGCAGCGCAAGCUAUAGACCCUUCGAUACUUCAAGUACGAAGAGCUCUUGCGGCCAGACUAAAAGCCGAAGUUGUGCAUAAAUAAUUUUCAUUUUGCGUGAUGAAUAUUGCUUCUUCGUAAUUAUUACCUAUAUAUAUACAAGUUUGAAAUUGCUAUUCCAGUAAAAUAUUUUACGCUAAAGACUAAUUGUCAAUUGUGAUAUUUAAAGAGAAGAUAAUAUACAUAUACAAUUGAACAAUAUAGAUAUCUGAGCGACAGACGCAGAUUUAGCUUUCGGGAGAAAAAUAUAAAAUUUAUGAAGAUUUACAAGAUAAUUUUUUUUAUAUAUUUACGUUUCAUUGCUUUAAGAGAACAUAUACAUAAUUUUAUUUCUAAAUAAUAUUUCAUAAAGAAUAUAGAAAACAAAAGUAAAAACAUACAUCUGCAAGUACAUUUGCCCUGUAAUGCUAUAUUUUGUCUUCUUAAAAAUCUGAUAUUUAACAAAACUAUGUUUAAUAAAAAAAUACUGCAUUCUUAAGAAAUGUUUUCUGUCACACACACUACAGCAUUCUCGCGUAUAAGAAUAUAUAUAUAUAUAUAUACAUAUAUAUAUAUAUUUCUGUAAAAGUAUAAAAUAUGUAAUGAUAAGAAUUUAAGACGUGCACAUUCACACGCGAACAAAAAAAAAAUAUGCAUAAAAUAAUAUACUUAAGAAAAUAGUGAUAUCAUACAUUAAUUAGAUUAAAUCACAAUGAUUAUUGCAUGAUGUAUAGUCGUAUUUGUAUAUUCAGUAGAAACUUAGAAUAGACAUUAAGGUAAAUUAAAGCUUUGGUCUCAUUGGGACCAGUAUAUUCUUCUCUAAUUUUAGAUUUUAUUUAAUUAAAUACUCUUCACGCGCGCGUAUGCGCACUUCUACAACACACUGUAUUUGUAUAACACACACAUUUAUCAUUCUCACUUUUUUUGCAGUCUACUUUCUAACAAAUGAGAUGAAUUCAUAGCAUAAUACCAGCAAUAUAAGUACUCGUUAUCGUAUAAUUUUAUAUAAGAUUAUAUAUAUAUAAGGAAAGCAGAACACGUGUGUCUAUGAGUCAAAAUAAAAAUUUAUAAGUCAGGUCAGAUAUGAAAACGAAAUUCUUGUUUAUGAAAACAAGUGUCAUAUUUUCAUGUACAUUUGAUUGAUAUAUGCAUGAAUUUAUGAUUUUUUUAAAUAUAAAUUUAAUUUAACAUAAAGUUUUUAAGGCGGUUUUUUCAUAAUCCGUUCUCAUAUUUCAGACCGUGAUCUAUAAUGUUUAUAACGUACAAACAAUUCUCAGAUUUUGUGUACAAAAUGAAAAUUUUUAAUAAUUUUUUAUAUCUCACACAGAAAAGAAAUAUUCUAAAACAAACUUUUAUUCAGAUUGUAGAAGUGUUUAUCAGACGUAUACAAGAGAAUAAGAAAACUCUCAAUAUAUUUUAGAAAAUUUACACAUAUAAAACUUUUAUUAUGUGCUCGUGUAUGAAUAAAACGAUCUUACAUAAUAAGGAACGCGAUUAGAAAUACCGUCCCCUUUUUAAAAUUAAAUUACUUUUCUUUUGUUUUGCAUAUCAUUGCACACACAUAUUUUUUAAUUACAUAUAUCCUGUAAUUACUUUCUACUGAUCACUGCAAAAAUUUUGAUUGUAGAAAUAAAUCGUUUAUUAAAUAUGUGAGAGAAGAUCUGAUUGUAUAUAAUUAUUAACAAAAUCUAAAAAGCAACCUUUUUAUAUUUUUAGCUGCUUGUUUUGUGCUAUGAAUCCUGCAUUUAGAUGUUAGGUUUUGUCUGAUUUAUUCUUCAGAAUAAAAUGCAAAAUAUCGUUUUUUUACACACACACCCAUACACCUACACACACACACACACACACACGCAAUUACAAUUCAAUCACUUAUUACCGUAAUACACACAGAAUUGUAUAUCUUAUGUUUGCUUUUAAUUCACAAAAUUCACGAAUAGCAUCUCAUAUAAAAAGGUCUCUUUUUUUUUUCUGUGCAUAAUAUAUAUAUAGUCUGUAUACAUAUAUAUAUAUAUAUAUAGUCUCAAAGAAAAAGCUUCUCUUAUGUCAUUGUAAUUAAAACGCAUACUAUAUUAUUAGCACAUGAUAUUGUACAAUGUGUGCACAUGUCUGUACUCUUUCUUUUAAUAUUACAUCAAUGUGACGGUUGAAAAGUACAUAGGUAAUUGCGAUCUCGGCGACGGUUUUGAGACAGAAUGUUUUAGACUGUAAUAUGUCAAAGAGCUCUCUUUAUAUAUAUAUAUUAUAUAUAUCAAAUAUUAAAUAUAUAUUUAAAAUUAAUAUUAAUAUAU